UUCAGCUGUGUGUUCGGAGCUCUCAGCAACGGCAAGUUUCCGGACAAAGAUUGUCUGCUUCCUUUUGUAUCCAAGCUCCUUGGCUAUUGUAUCGUCGCCGCUUCCACCACCGUCAAAUUCCCUCAGGUAUUGUAUUAAAUUCAAAAGAUAUGGCAAUCAGUACAAUUGAAAAGAAUCUUCAAAUUAGUGGACUUGAAUACGGGCACACUCACUCGGGUAGCUAGUGCUAUACCAACUAGGCCACUGUAUAAUGCCCAGGUAUGUGUUUUGUUAGUGUGCUUGGGUAGUUUGGUUUGGCAUCGUUUUGUUUAGCUGGCUCAUGUUGUUUGUAUUCUUGCUUGGGAGGUAUGUCUCGUACACAUUGCUUCUGUCAAUAAAUUUAUAUUACAUAUAUAAAAAGAUCUAUUCUUCAAAUGAAAACUUAAAGAAAAAGAAUUAGGGCAGUUCUCCUCUUCCUCAAUGAGAGAGAGAGAGAGAGAGAGAGAGAGAGGGAAGCAAAAGAAAUUGUCAUCAAUUAUUUUGUCUAUUAUGUGAGGAACUUAUUUUUUGUUGGCUAAUUUCGGUAUCAAAACGUGUCCGAUUGAGUUGUAAUUUUGUUUCUAUCUUGAGUCUCGAUUUCGGAAGUUGAGCAACAAGUGCAUGGGUACCUUGAUUCGAUGAGAACACCAUGUAGAACAGGUAUGUUGAGUGAGGACACCUUGCACAAGUGUUUGAGUUUGGAUGGGAUUGAAAACUAGGGUUUUCAAAUUGAAUUUCAAAUUCUGAAAAGUCCCUCUGGUCGCUCUUUUGGUGACUGUUCCAACUUGUCCAAGUUGAAAAGUUCUGUGAUGUCCGACCGGUCGCACUUGUUCAGAUCCACAAAGGACAUUGCUGUUUUUGUUAUUUUAAACUUCCUUUUUGGUCCAACUUUUAGAGACGUCCUUAAUCGUUUUUAACCUAUUUUUCAACCUAGUCCUUAAAGCCGGAUUUAUUUUUCUCCUUUCAACUUUGUGUUCGUGAGGAAGGCGGAUCAAUCGUACUACGAAGGGGAUAGAGUGCUCGUGGAGCAUUCAAGUUCUCGAGCAACUCUUCUGCAAGGAUUGAGGAGUAGGCCUGAAGUCUACUGCAAUUGGACGAGGAGUCACAAGAGUAAGUGUGAGGCGUUUUGCAACUAGUUCUUGGCAGAUUGGAUUGGUUGCGAGCCUGAGACAGAGUUUGUUGUACUUUGCUUCGAGAUAAUAGAUUAUUUCGCUCGAGAAGACUAAGUAUCCGUGGUUUUUUUUCUUCGGGUUUCCACGCUAAAAUUUUCUGGUUUCAAUCUCUUACUUUAUCGCACUUUAUUUUUGCUUUGUGUCAAAAUAAUCAAAUAAUUUGAAAAUCAGAUAAAGGAGCAAGUUUUACAUAUUCACCCCCUGUUGGUUAUUGUUUUGAAGUAAAACUUUCACAACCUUUUCGCAUAGCGUAACUCACAUAUUAUACAGAUGAGAAUAUUGCAGGGGUAUGCGUGUGAUAUCAACAUGUGUCUAAGCAUCAGACUUUUCUAAUCUUCAAACCCCAAGGACACAGGAAAUCCUCAACACAACUUUUAUUUCACUCUUUUUGAAGUAAAAGGAACAUAAAAGAAGUUUUUUAAUGUAUAAUUAUGGAAUAAAUUUGUAUUUAUUGGAUACGUUUGUUUAGUGCUUGUUUAGCCAUCCAUGUCGAGCACAUAUCCCAUACUUAAAUUUGAGUGUCUUGCCCCUGACAAUGUUAUUUUUAAAAAGUCCCUUGUAAAUUAGGUCAUAUGAGGGUGUAUUUUUCUUUAAAACAUUAACUUCUGAGUCUUAAUCAUCUCUUCUUGAAUAGAAGGUUGUGGAUUUCCGCAUUCUCUUGUACUUAAUAUUACUCAAUAAAGGCCUGCCUCACUUUUAUAUGCGAUUGGAUACAAAGCAUGACUGAAUGGUUUAAAUUGCGGAAAUGGUGACCAUACCUUUAACAAAGUUUAAGAUAUUAAAAAUUUUAAAACACAGAAGUGUCAAAGGGCUUAGUGUUGUGGGCUUCGAACUUGAAGUAGUUGGUUAUACUAUUGCAUUGGCAUAUUGUCUUCACAAAGGGCUACCAUUUUCAGCCUACGGGGAGUUGGUAUUUCUAUUGAUCCAAGCUAUAAUAUUGGUUACAAUUAUCUACUAUUUUUCUCAACAUGUGGGAACCAAGACAUGGAUUAAGGCAUUGCUAUACUGUGCGGUGGCACCCACCAUCUUAGCAGGCCAAAUUGAUCCCAUUCUCUUUGAAGCUUUAUAUGCAUCUCAGCAUGCAAUUUUCUUCUUUGCCAAGGUCCCACAAAUUUGGCAGAAUUAUAAUAACAAAAGUACAGGGCAGCUCAGCUUUUUAACCUACUUAAUGAAUUUCGGAGCUUCCAUUGGAAGAGUCUUCACCAGUAUCCAGGAAAAAGCUCCAACAAGUGUUGUUAUGGGAUCUGCACGUGGCAUUGUGAUGAAUGGUACCAUAUUGAGUCAGAUAAUCAUAUACCAGAAGCUCCGUGCUAAGAAAGGUGAAAAAAAUGAAUAGGAGAGCAAGGAUGUGGCUCAGGAAUUCAGCUUCACCUCACGGUUUAGGGUGGUAUGCUGCAAACAUAUUGGAUUCCCACGGCCAUACAAAUAAAGGACAGGUGCCAAUAUCCUAUUCUAUUAUCUUCGAAGAUGAAGUUUAGCAUUUUAUGUUUCGUGAACAUCAAUGCUCCUUUCUCUGGUAUGUCGAUACCGGAAUCAUUUUCACUUUUAUACAACUCUAAUCUUAUUAUGGAGUUUAUUCUCUGGGGAACUCUGUUUAAAUUAUUCUGGUGAAUUCCGUCCAAUCUACUUAUUUUAUCGUCUUAUUGAAAAUCAUAUAAAGACAAUUCCUGUUUAAUAGAACGACUAGUGCGAUAUUA